UAUACUUCCCCAUUCUCUCUUCUUCUCUUACAAGACUUGGUUUUGAUUAUUGGAGAGAGACACAAUUGAAUCUCUGAGUUAAAGAAGAAGAAGCAUACCCACUUCAGUUUAAUGCCUCUUGCUUCAUUUGUAUAGACAAAUCAGACACAAGAAAGAAAAGAGAUGGGUUCCAGUUCUUCUUCUUCUUCUUCAUCAUCUUGGGUUUUUUUAUUAUUAUUGUUAUGAUUAUGGUGAAAGAGAUGUAUAGAAAGGAGGGCUAUAUAAAUAUAUAUAUGUAUACAUAAGAAUAUUAUAAAUCGCUGUUGCAUAUUUUUCUCAGUCACUUCACUUCCCCACUCAUUUUUCCCUUUUUUUUCUCUGCUAAAACUCAGUCAUCUCUCUCCCCCAACCUCACCUGUUUUUCCUCAGAAGAACCAAAGUGACAGAAGUAGAUUUCUGCAGCAAACACUGCAACAUACCAGUAAUAUUAACAUCUUCUCUCACAACAAAUCUUUCUUUUCAGUUUUCUGUUUUUCUUUAGACCCCACCUUUUAUAUAAACCUACUUACGCUCAGAUACAUCCUUAGAUUUUACUUAUUAUCAUCGCCAUCAUCUUCUCACUCCGUAAAAAUUUUAUCUUUUUUAUGAAUAUAUAAACGAGUUGGUGUUUUACCCUUCAAGAAUAUCAGUUGUGGCUACUACACGGAGACAAUUGCCUUCUGAUUCUGGCGCCUUUGCCGACUGGGCCUCUUCUUCCUCCUCCACUAUACGUGCUGCUCCCGACGACCUCUCUCUCGGCUUCAAUGCCGGUCCAGCCGUGCCUGUUCCCGGUGCGGCUACUGCCCCCACUGCCCCUGGGUCCUGGCCCUCCAAUUCUUCUUCUCGGCCCAUCAACUAUGGCCUCCCUCACGAUAUGGGCAUGGUAGGACUCCGGGACGUCUUUGUUGUAGCUCCAGCUUCGUCUUUCAAUCACCACCACCACCACCACCAUGAGUCUCUCAAUAUUGCCUCCGAUCCCAUCAACGGUGCUAAUGCUACCGCUCUCGGCGUUGGUGUCGGUGUUAUCCCUUUACUCACUGCAGGGCCUUGCUUAGCUCCUGCUCAAAGUAUGGAAGAUCAAGAUUUGUUGAAUAAUGGUCGUAAUAAAGUUAGCCAAAUUCAGUUUUGGCAGAAUCAAAACUCUCAUCCUUACCUCAAAAAAAAUUCUUCCACGAUUCUCGAUCAAAACACAGCUUCUUCCUCCAUGAAUUUGCUUCAAGGAAGCGAGAGUCCCGUUGCUGGAACUGGCGGCGGCAGUAAUAACAUGAGCGGUGGUGCUGGUUCGGCUUCGAGUUCGGGAAUUACGUGUCAAGACUGUGGCAACCAAGCCAAGAAAGAUUGUAGCCAUAGAAGAUGUAGGACGUGUUGCAAGAGCCGUGGUUUCGAUUGCGUCACCCACGUAAAGAGCACAUGGGUUCCGGCUUCACGGCGGAGGGAGCGGCAACUCAUGGUCACUGCCGGUGCCGUGGGCGGUCCUGGCUCUUCUGGGUCGACUUCUGUUAUCAAGAAACCGAGGCUUUUAAACUCUCAGACUACAACGCCUUCACAUACUUCAACAUCAAAUACAACUCCACCAAGAAGCUUUGACACAAGUUCUAGCCAUCAUCAAGAUGCGAGUUUUAAAGAGACAUUACCCGGGCAAGUACGUGCACCGGCCGUUUUCAAGUGCGUUAGAGUGACAGCGGUGGAGGAUGGAGAAGAUGAGUAUGCAUAUCAGGCUGUGGUAAAGAUUGGUGGUCAUGUUUUCAAAGGGUUUUUGUAUGAUCAAGGAGUAGAUAAUACAAGAGAGGGGUUUCCCAACAUUUCCGAAUUGCAUUUAGGAGGUGCUGGAAGUAGUGGUGGUGGAAGAAAUGGAGGUUGUUCCUCUCCUAUUCUUGAUCCAUCGGAAGUAUAUGCAGGCACUGGCGGUGGCGGUUUACUUGGUGGUUCAGGCUUUAGUAAUCCCAUGAAUUGAAAUUCGAAGGUGGACAGAUGACAUUUGAAAGGAGAGCUUUAUUGUUUCAAUUCCUCUUUUCUGCCAACUAAUUAUUGAUAGGGUUUUGGUAAGUUAAUGUCUUUGUGGACUUCUAUCGUAUUAACUUAUGUCUCUCUUUUAAAUCCUUCUUCUGCUAGUCUUGAUUUAAUUCUCUUGUCCCUCAUGUCAAUUUGCUGCUGGUGCCAUUGAACCAAAAUGAGAGGCAUCAGCAUUUGCCGAGGAAGCUCCAUUUUCCCACUAUUAGAAACAUAUAUUUUGUACCAAAAUUACAAAUCAUAGAGAAUAAAAGUGAAAAAAUCUUGUGUUAGUAGUA